GCCUUCACACGCGAGACGCGACGCUUCGUUCCAUAAACCCAAGGCACACUCCACUCUCUCUCUCUCUCUCUCUCUCUCUCUAGGGUUUCGCCUCUCCGCCACUGCUGCUGCUCCUCCUCCUCGCCGCCGCGAUGAGCGCCGCCAGGCCGGACCACCGGCGCCACCACCCGCCGUUCCUCCGCGACCUUUCCUCCCCUAUGUCCUCUUCGUUGCGCCUGCCCCCUGCCUCCCGCCGGCGCGAGACCCAGUCCUCCACCCCACCGCCGCCUCCCCCGCUGCUCUCCCUCGAUGACCUCUCCCAUCUCUCCCCCUCCCCGCAGCCCGCCACGCCUCCGCAGGCGACGAUGAGCCCCUUGCCUCCGCCCCCGCGCGUCGGCAUCUUCUCCUCCCCGCUACGGUCCAACGGCUCGCCCGUCCCCUCGGCGUGGUGGUCCCCGUCGAGGGAGGAGAAGCCCAGGGAGGGAUCGCCGAUGGAUGGCGUCCAGCAGCACCAGCAGUCCCCGACGACGUCGUCAGGACAGCAGUCACAACAGCAGCAGAAGGUGGCGCUUAUCACGCUGCCGCCACCUAGGGAGGUGGCGCGGCCGGAGAUACCGAGGGACUCGACGCCUGCAGCCGGCCGGGUCGAUGAGGAAGAAUGGGUCACCGUUUUCGGAUUUUCUCCUGGUGAUACUAACCUGGUGCUGCGAGAAUUCGGGAAAUGUGGGAUAGUCCUGAGACAUGUUCCUGGUCCAAGGGAUGCAAACUGGAUGCAUAUCUUGUAUCAGAGCCAGCAUGAUGCCCAGAAAGCACUGGCGAAGCAUGGUCAACAGUUAAACAGUGUUCUUAUUAUUGGGGUGAAGCUAGUGGAUCCAUGGCAGAGGCAGUAUCUGAAUGAGAACACCAACGAGAACUAUCAGGGCAGUGCAACAGUCCCAUUUCCAUCGCAGCCUGUAGCACCAAGCGGCUUUGCGACCAGGAACGCACUAGCACCUUUGCCUAGGAACGCUAUGCCAAAUGGCAGCUGCAAUGAGAUCAGCUGUGGUGCUUCUGGGGCCAUUGCUUCACCUGCAAAAUCGGUCCUGUCCAAAGUUAUGGAUUUAAUAUUUGGCAUAUAAGUCAAAUGGUGGUGAUUUUUUGGAAACUUCAAGGCACAAUGCGGACCACCGAUCAACAUUACGACGAUAACAUUUUUUUUAUGUCUGUGGCUCACAUUGAGUAUCAUUUUCAGUGCGCAGAUCGUGUAUUGCAUCCCUACCAUUGUAAUGUGAUGGGAUGCAUGGGUUGUGUCAUACUGUACGGCUGUACCUGUUCCUGUUGUGAUGCUUUGGAUCUAGUUCCUCCGAGAAAGGGAAAAGGGGGAGUAAAAAGUGAUGAUGUUUACGUGAGUAGUUUUUAAGAACUCUAGCUGAGUGGCAUAAGUCAAAUGGCUGAAUUAUUGCCAUGCAAAUUUUA